AUGCUCCUAGCACGUUCUCGAAACGCCGCUAACCCCAUUGCUCGAAGCUUGCCUCCGCCGACUGCCAAACGCAUGAAGCACGAACAGGGUCAGGCUCCGUCUGGGGCUGAUUCGUCGCCCAAGAAGAAGGGACACCGGGCCAUGCCAUCGAUUUCGACCACCGACGGUUCACCCAAGUCGGUGAACGGGCGCUCGGGCUCUACUGCGACGGGAACGUUCAAGGUUCCAUCAGCCAAGCAAGUGCGAUCGAAAGAUGAGGAUGUUGACGACAGUGUCUCUAUCGCGGAGUCGUCCUCCGGCCCGACUAGAACGCGUAAGUCAGAGCAAGAGCGAUACCAGUUUUUCGCCGACGAGCCGUUGUGCGACGACUUCGAACCGAACCGUGCCCACUGCACGAGCUGCAAAGAGUGGAUACCCCUCAGCGAGAAAGUUUCUUACGUGAUUGGACCAUGGAUGAAACACACGAAACAGUGCGCCAAGGGCGCUAGUAUCACCACCAAAUCGCAGAGGGCCAAAUCUGUGAUCGAGAGCGACGUCGAUGACAGCGCUUCUGUGGCUACCGCGCAUACUCGAAGGACGGAAGCAGAACGCAAGGCUUACCUGGAGGCUGAUCCGGAUGCGCAGGACAUUGGUCCGAAUGAAGUCACCUGCAGGCGAUGCAGCAAGACCAUCAAGCUGGGUGGCCGUACCAACUAUCAACUGAGGGCCUGGGAUAAGCAUCAGGCGAAGUGCUCUGGCGCGGUUCCAAGCAGUCGCGUUGCAACUGCUGAGCGCAAGCUUAAGCUGGUCAAUGACUCUCAGGCAAAGCAUUUCACAACCUGUUCUGUGGACUGCAAUGUCUGUGGAGAUCGGGUCACCCUGGAAGGCGAAGGCGACUAUAAACUGACGAAGUGGGAAGAGCAUAAGGGCUCUUGCAAGCCAACUGGGACGUCAGUUCAAGAUCUUUCCUCGGCCGAGGCAGCUACCGCCCCAUCUCCUGGAAAGACACAGGAGAGCGAGACUACCACUGGUAUCCGCCCUCCACCUUCAACAUCGUCCGCGCACUCACAGCCCUCGGUCGCGUCCUCAAAUGCGACUUUAGUUGUGGCGGAAUCCUCUACUUCAUCGCCGACACGCUCAUCCUUGAAGCGCCGUCGCGAGGACGACAACGCCGAAGAAACCCGAGAUGCGCCGGCCCAGCGCCCACGCUCGGACACGUACGUUGCGCCGGAGGGCAACGUGCCGGGCCUAUGGGACUGGAUCAAGCUGCCGUGGCAGUCGUUCGUCCGCGGACUCGCUUUGGGCAGCCGGUCAUCGACCCUGGGCGCGGAUUGAACGCGCCGUGACCUACCAGCUACGUGGACUGAAGAAACCAUUCUCGCUCUUUAUUGGUUAUGGAAUGAAAUUGGAUUGAAGAAGCGCAUCGCGUGUCCUGCCACACUCUUUCUUGGACGUUUACUUGCUUUCUGUGUUUUCUGCGGGAUUCGUUCUCUAUAGGACGCGCUGUCCGUAAUAGUGCAUAAUGGAAUGUCUGUGCCCC